GAGGCGGCGGCGGCGGCGGCGCGGGCGGUUCCGGCGCGGGCGGUUCCGGCGCCGCCGCGUGGUGCCGCGGAGAUGUCGGUGUCGGUGGCAGCGGGCAACCUGCCCAUGCGGCUGCUCCGCAAGAAGAUCCACAAGCGCAACCUGAAGCUGCGGCAGCGCAACCUGAAGCUGCGGGCGGCCGAGCGGGCAGCCGAGGCGGCCUCGCCGGGGCCCCCAGAGGAGGAGGAGGCGGCGGCGGCGGCCCCCGCGGAGGAGGUGGCGGCAGCGGCGGGGGGCCUCGCGGAGGGCGUGGGGGCCAAGGCGAGGAAGAGGAAGAAGAGGAAGGAGCCGGCUGGCGCGGAGGACGAUACAGAAAGUAAAAAAGCAAAGACUGAAGAAGAUGAGUCUGCACAGGUAGAAGAUGAAGAUGGGCAGGAUUCUGGAGAGAAAGAAGUGGAAGAGGAGGAGGAGGAAGAGGAGGAAGUACCCAGUUUACCACUAGGUGUAACAGGUGCUUUUGAAGACACUUCGUUUGCUUCCCUUGCUGCUCUUGUCAGCGAGAACACUCUGAAAGGCAUAAAUGAUAUGGGCUUCACGCAUAUGACAGAAAUUCAACAUAAAAGUAUUAAACCUCUUCUGGAAGGCAGGGACAUUUUAGCAGCUGCGAAAACAGGCAGUGGCAAAACACUUGCAUUUCUUAUUCCUGCAGUAGAGCUCAUCUACAAGUUAAAAUUCAUGCCUAGAAAUGGAACGGGUGUUAUUAUUCUUUCACCUACUCGAGAGCUUGCUAUGCAAACAUACGGAGUUCUUAAAGAACUUAUGAAUCAUCAUGUUCACACCUAUGGUCUGAUAAUGGGGGGCAGUAACAGAUCAGCAGAAGCACAGAAACUUGGAAAUGGCAUCAACAUCAUUGUGGCAACACCAGGAAGACUUCUGGAUCAUAUGCAGAACACGCCAGGUUUCAUGUAUAAGAACUUGCAGUGUUUGGUAAUUGAUGAAGCAGAUCGUAUCUUAGAAGUUGGGUUUGAAGAAGAAAUGAAACAGAUCAUAAAACUUCUACCAAAGCGCAGACAGACGAUGCUUUUUUCUGCUACUCAAACCAGAAAGGUUGAAGAUCUGGCUAAGAUCUCUCUGAAGAAAGAGCCACUCUAUGUUGGGGUUGAUGAUAACAAGGAGACAGCAACAGUAGAUGGUCUUGAACAGGGCUAUGUAGUAUGUCCAUCUGAAAAAAGAUUCCUUUUGCUCUUCACCUUCCUCAAGAAGAACCGGAAAAAGAAACUAAUGGUAUUUUUUUCUUCAUGUAUGUCAGUGAAGUACCAUUAUGAAUUACUCAACUAUAUUGAUUUGCCUGUUAUGGCCAUUCAUGGCAAGCAGAAACAAACCAAACGUACUACAACGUUUUUCCAGUUCUGUAAUGCAGAAUCUGGAAUACUGUUGUGCACUGAUGUAGCUGCUAGAGGACUGGAUAUUCCUGAAGUGGACUGGAUUGUCCAGUAUGACCCUCCAGAUGAUCCAAAAGAAUACAUUCAUCGAGUUGGUAGAACUGCCAGAGGUAUAAAUGGCAGAGGACAUGCUUUGCUCAUUUUACGACCAGAAGAACUGGGUUUUCUUCGUUAUCUAAAGCAAGCCAGGGUACCAUUAAGUGAAUUUGAAUUUUCCUGGUCAAAAAUUUCAGACAUCCAGUCUCAGCUGGAGAAACUGAUUGAGAAGAACUACUUCCUUCACAAGUCAGCCCAGGAAGCGUACAAAGCUUACAUUAGAGCUUAUGACUCCCACUCUCUAAAACAGAUCUACAAUGUCAAUAACUUGGAUCUGCCCAAAGUCAGCCUUUCAUUUGGUUUUAAAGUCCCUCCAUUUGUUGACCUCAAUGUGAACAGCAACCAAGGCAGAAGACUACAAAAAAGAGGUGGAGGUGGAGGAUUUGGUUACCAGAAAUCAAAGAACGUCCACAAAGCUAAAAUCUUCAAACACAUUAACAGGAAAUCAGACAAUCGGCAGUUUUCUCGUUAAUCAUAUCUUCAUUUAAAUGGCUUCUGUCAUUAGAACAGACUACCUUGAUCAGAGCUAGCUGACAGUUACUUCCAGUUUAAACGGCUCUAUUAAUAUUUUAGGGUUUUUUGGUUUUGUUUUUGGUAACAUCUUUAUCUUUCAUUUCAGGAAGACAUUUUGGGAAGGAGAAUGAAGAUAAGUAGUCUGCUAAUUUAGCCAUACUCAUUAUAAGGAAGAAUAUAGUUGAAUAUCAUUAUUUUAAGUCAGUUCUAUGAUUUUUUUUUUUUUUAGAAGAAUAUUUUCAGCUUGUUACAAGAGACUUUGCUUUCCCCUUUCCCUUUUUUCUGUGCAUGUGCACACCUCUAGAAAAGUUUGGAGUAGGUAGAACACAAGGACAGAUUACAGUGAAAGAUAACUUGAAAGCAAGAGACCUCAGAAUGCUCAAAAAUAAAGAGCUGUAGGUCUGAAAAUAUUUUUACAGUGUAAAAGGGAUUUUUGUUCACAUGAAUCAUUGCAGAGUUUUCUAGUGCUACAAAACUUUGCUUUGUCCAAAAAAUAUGCUGAAGAAUAUAGGCAGAUUCCUUCAAAACAGAACAUGUCUGUUAAUCUAAUUAAGACUGUAUGAGCUUGUAAUUAUUUUAAGUCAUGGCACCUGUAUAACAAAUACAAUGUCAAAGACAAAAUCACUCUUUUAUACCACAUCUGUGACAUGCUUAGAAUUGGGGUGGGGGGGGUGGGGGGGGUGGUUAAUGUUGUGGUAAAAUGCUUAUAUUCUAGUGAAAUGAUCAGAUCUGCUUCAUGUUCUCUUUAAUCUGAAUUUACCCAUCUGGAAGUGACUAGUGUAUUCUCUUAUGAAUAUGCAAAUAAAAUUAAGAAAGGCAGACUACAUAAUUUGAAGCACUCGGCCCAGAUAAUGAUUUUAAAAUGCUCUGUAAACUUGAUGCAAUGAGAAUUGUUGCAGCUUUAUUUUGUAAAUUACAGAAGUGAAUUGCUUUUUAGUCCUAGUUAAUCAGAUCAGUGAUGGAAAAAGAUAUUACCACAGGAUCAAGGGAGUGGAAAGACUAGAUUGUAAAAGUGCUUGUGUCCAAAUUUAAAAAAAAAAAAAGAAAAAAAGAAAUUGCCUGUAAGUGUACUGGAAAGGUAUGUUGAGGAAGAAAUGGAAAAGACUAAAAUAGAAGAGGAUGUCAUACACAAAGCAAAUAGAACAAAUACAGAGAAUAAGUAGAAAGAAUAUAUAAGGUGGGCAAAAAUAAGUGGAGGAACUAGAUUGCAUGUAUUAUUUUCAAGUCUGUACCAUUUGUUAGGGAAACUCUUCAAUCCAAUGUCCUUAACAGCGUUCAACUCUAAGUUUCUGCUUUAUCCAAAAAAUACAAAAUAAUUCUUUAUAAGUUGAUUUUAUUAGUAUUACAGCUCGAGCUGGGUCCCUUGGAGGAGGAACCAGUUUCCCUAACACCAUUGCAAAAAUAGAUAGCUACUAUUCUCAUGAGGCUAAGGUGAUAGAGGGAAUGGUAUUUCAAAAAUGUAUAUUUAUCAGUGCAAGGAAGAAUUAAAAUGUUACAGAAUACAGAAGUUCAGGCCCCAAAUGAUUACAGUAAAAUAGCUGUAAUUCAUCUUAUUCUGCAUUCUGUAUAAUCUAAAAUGUUAUGCAGGACCAAUUAUGAAUACAAAGGCAUCAAUAUUUUUUCCAGUGUAAUAUGGACCAUAAUCCAUAGGGGUUUUUUUAAGUAGCAUGUCAGAUUUAUCAUGAUAAUUUGUGCAUAAAAGUAUUGGAGAAGAAUGUUGGAGGUCAGUCUUUUCCACCCUGAGAGAAAACAGAUCAUUCUUUGGAAAAACAGUAUGACCAGUAUGCUAUGACUAGUAUGACCACUGUGACUAGUAUGCUAGUGCUUACACCAUUCAAGACUGAGAAUGCUGCUUUUAUUUUUUCCUUCUUUUUGUGAAACAGCUGACUGUAGCCCUGGUGCGUAACUUUUAAAGGCUCUUAAUUAAUGUUGGUCAAAUAUUAAAACUUUUGAUAUGUCAAAAUACUUUAAAAAUAUUAAACGGUAUUAAUUUCA